ACUUAUAUGGACUACACUAAUGCGGUGUGCUAGUCGGAAGUACAGUUUAUUUCCACCGUGCUUGUCUGGCUUCGGACACAUAUGGACAUACGUGUGGCGUACAAUGGAGACCAGCAAUAAUGCCACAGCCCAGAAUGAUGCUGGUGGUGACGGGAGAUGAUUUCGGCUAUUGUCCAAGGAGAAACCAAGGGAUCGUGGACUGCUUCCAGGCCGGAGGCAUUUCCAAUGUGUCUCUGCUGGUCAACGCCUCUGCUGCCAAAGAGGCAGCAGAUCUGGCUAAAAGACACAACAUCCCCAUCGGCCUCCAUGCCAACCUGUCAGAGGGUAUCCCAGUGUGUCAGAGCCUCCAGCAGGACUCCACACUGGUAAAUCAGCGCGGCUUCUUCCACGGGAAGAUGGGCUUCCGUCAGGCGCUGGAGAGAGGCCAGCUCAGCAUGAAGCAGGUGGAGCUGGAGCUGAGGGCCCAAGUCAGGCUGUUCAGAGAACUGACAGGACACCUCCCCCACCACAUGGACGGACACCAACAUGUCCAUGUACUGCCAGAGGUGCGUGAGGUGUUUGCACAGGUCCUGUCAGAUCUGAAGAUCCCAUACACUCGUGUUCCUGUGGAGCCAGGUUUACACACCUGCCCAGCGCUGCCAGCACACCUCCAAAGAUUCUACGCACAGGUGGAGAAGGACGCUCUGGACUCCAUCCCUGUCUUCACACGCUAUGGAAUCAGAUGGCCAGACGUGUACCUGGGACUGACCACCAUGGGCCAGAACAUGUCCAUUCCCAACCUGCAGAGGGCCCUCAGCCACGCCUUGGCCACGGGACCCUCAGGCACUACCUCCUGCAGCGCGUCGGGCUCCAGUCAGCCUGUGGUGACAGCUGAGCUCAUGGUCCACCCGGGUUACCCCAGUCACCCCCAGGAAGGAGGCUGUGGAGAGGGCCCUGAUGACUUCUCCCAGUCAGCCGACAGAGAGCACGAGCUGAGUGUGCUCACUGACCCGUCCCUGCUGGCCCUCUACAGCCGGGAGGGCGUGCAGCUCUGUGCCUUCAAAGACAUCUGAGUGCUGCUGUCUCAAACAUGUAUGUAUAGUACUGUAGAGAGCCAGUGACUCUAAAUCUGCCCUCAUGAAUACUGUUAUGUGAGUCACUCCAUGUGUCCAUAAAGGGACAUUUUUAUGCUAACUAAUAAAUCAUUAACUUUGUUGAUUAUAUAACAAUGAUAAUAGUAAAGGAUGAAUGAGUAAGGGAUCAGUGAGAGAUCUUAGUGAGUUUCAGAGGCCAGUCAGGAGGUAGUUUCCGGACUUGAGCUCUCUGUAGACUAAAGACAAAAUCUGCUCUCAGCACAGAGACACUACAGAAAACUACAGACUGAAAUGUUCUGCUCUCCUUCGAAAUUUCCCUUUAAGUAUGUGGUGAAGAGGAGUUUAUUCAAGAUGAUAGAAAUGUCCUUUAUGUAAGCCAUACCAGGUGCUGGUGCACAGUACUCAGAUAUAGACAUCUAGUUCUCAUUCCAAAGUCAUCACAUACAGCCGCUCUGACAGUGAUUUUGGCAUGAGAUGAUGCCAAAAGUCUUCUUUCACAUCUGCAUGAAUCGCCGCUGGACGGCAUCAGGUGAGAACACGGGCAGACAGAACGGGUCGCAGCGUUCAUUGUAUGUUGGCGGAUAGUUGAAAGACACUUUCUGUAUGAUACCCACACAGGAGGCGUCACUUGAGAACGUCCGCAUGAUGCGCAGCAGUACAGCAUCCGGUUGAAAGAUGAUCAGUAACAACUUAAUAUAAAAAGUGCGAUUGGUGCCUAUAGGGCAGGAUGGAUCCAACAAACCCUGGACUUUCAUGCUUCCUGUCUGAAUGUGAUGUUUUUUUUCU